AUGUAUUCUUUCAUGCCACGCAGAAAUGUCGAAGGGCCAGUAUCCCACGCCAAGUGGCCGUCGACGGAGUCAUUCCGCUCGCCGGCCUCGCCUUGGGAAGUAGAUGAUUCCACCGCCCAGACCGUUAGCAGACUCAACUGGGUCUUUGGUUUCCGACCCCCCACGGGAUACGCAAAGUCGUCUCCCGGGGCCUCUCCCGAUGACCUGUCGAGAUACUCGCCAGAGCUGCCUCACCUACUCGCGGAUCGGACUCCCGAGCUGCGACACGACACCCCUUCGGAUGCAAGGACGCGGACGUCGUCCUUCGGGCCGGAGACGCCACCUACCAAGGCCGACUCGUACUUCUCGUCGGAGCCGCUCGUGCAACCCCUGACGCCGGUUCGAACUAGCAAUUAUCACUUGCGCUCCCGUUCAGACAGCUGUAGUCUACAGAGCUUUUACUCGGAAAGCCAGUACCGGAUUGGUGCUGAAUCAACAGCAGCCAUUGGCCAUGACGCCAAGCAGCAUCCCUAUCAUGACCCGAUGUCUCGAUCUGGAGACAUCUCCCCCAACAAACAAUCCCGGGAGACGUCCUCGACGCACCAGAAUUACGCCGUCGCUCUCACUCGCAACAACCGUGCAGUCACCCUCAUCUUGACGGCAGGCAACCCAGCCCAGUCAGGACAGCCAAACAUCACCUGCUACAGGCAAACCUCCCUCCCACUAGGCGGUCCCUUCGCCGAGUUUUUCAAGGCCUCCGAGGCACUAGCUCUGUUGCAGCACAUGGUAAACGCAUCGUCAAUGUCGUAUCAGCCCUUCUCCAAACGAGAGCGGUCCGAACUGCUGCUGCGAAUGCGGACGUCUGACGAGGGCAUGAUCCUCGGCAACCCAUGUUCCAACGCCCGCGCCUGGACAAGCUUCUUCUCCACAGAGCUCGCCGCCGGCAGGGCCUGGGAGGCGGGCACGGUUAUCUUCCCGUGGAAAGUCCUGGAGAAGCUCAUGAGCUCACUCAACGCUGAGUUCGCGCGGAAGAGGAAGAUCCAAGCGCGUGCCGUUGUUAGGCGCGAGAUGGACGAGCACCCGGGGGCCCGGGGCCCGCCCCCAUUCCAACACGGCUACGGUCGCUCUCCCGACACGCGGCCCACGUCUCUUCUGCUCGCCUGCGAUUCCUCAAUAUCAUCAGCGCCCAUGUCGGGAGCCGCCGGGAGCGACCGCUGCUCAGUAUCCUCUGCCUCGCCCCCGCCGCCCGGCACGCCGACGGAGGUUCUUCCGCCUAAGCUCCAGCUCGUGUCAGAGCGGGCCAAGUCCCCACCGACGCAGCUCCGAUGCAGACGCCAGAAAUCGGAGCCGGUUCGGCCGCUAAGUCUGGCGCCGCCGCGGAUCGCGCUGCUAAAGCCUAAGGCCUGCCGGCAGAGCCUGCGCGGUCUGCACUCUGCGUCAACGCCGGUUCGCCUCGAGUUUUACGACUCGAUCCGGCAAUGGCCGGCCAGCUCACACCGGGCGCAGGUGCGCCUGCCGCCGUGCUCACGGUUCCUGGAGAUGGUAGAGAACCAGGAACCCAAGCCGCGCAACUCCAUUGUCGUCUGA